AUGUAUCACCUACCUACACGCCUCCCCCUCUACACGCCUCCCCCUCUACACGCCUCCCCCUCUACACGCCUCUCCCCUCUACACGCCUCUCCCCUCUACACGCCUCUCCCCUCUACACGCCUCUCCCUCUCUACACGCCUCUCCCGUCUCCACUGCCUCCCCCGUCUACCGCCUCCCCGUCUGCGCCUCCCCGUCUACACGCCUCCCCAUCUACACGCCUCCCCCAUCUACACGCCUCCCCCAUCUACACGCCUCUCCCCUCUACACGCCUCCCCCAUCUACACGCCUCUCCCCUCUACACGCCUCUCCCGUCUACCUCCUCCCCCGUCUACACGCCUCCCCCGUCUACACGCCUCCCCCGUCUACACGCCUCCCCCGUCUACACGCCUCCCCCGUCUACACGCCUCCCCCGUCUACACGCCUCCCCCAUCUACACGCCUCCCCCAUCUACACGCCUCUCCCGUCUACCGCCUCCCCGUCUACCACGCCUCCCCCGUCUGCACGCCUCUCCCGUCUACACGCCUCCCCGUCUACAUCUCCUCCCCGUCUACACGCCUCCCCAUCUACCGCCUCCCCCAUCUACACGCCUCCCCCAUCUACCGCCUCCCCAUCUACACGCCUCUCCCAUUUACACGCCUCCCCCAUCUACACGCCUCCCCAUCUACACGCCUCCCCCAUCUACACGCCUCCCCCAUCUACACGCCUCCCCCAUCUAAGAGCCAAAGCCUAGAUUAA